AUGCUGUCUUGCAGUCUGUCCCUGUGUUCGGGCCAGAGCUCCUUCCUAACACCUCCAGGACCAUCCAUCAGCACAGGCAUGGGCAGCCACUGGCUGCUGCUGCUGCUGCUGCUCCUAAGUAGGGACAGAGCCUUCAACCUGCCCAAUCUCCUCAGCAGGAGACUAGGAGCCUGGGCAUCGGAGAAGAGGAAGGAACGCACCCCAGAGGAUGCUAUCUCAUCAUCUGGAACCAGGACACCCUCUGUUCCUGAGAAGUCAGCUUUAACUCCACCCUCAUCCACACUGGACACUGUCAGCGACACAAACAAACCUUUAUCCAUGACAGCUAUGACAGUUACAACCACCUCUUCACCAUCCACAGCCACCACCCCGGGGACCACUGUUCUAGACACAGCAACAACUGAGAUUCAGGAAAAAGACACUGAAACUGUACCCCCAUCCCCAGCAACAACCCCCACAACCACAGCUAUUAUUCUUAGGUCCUCAGAGACAACCAAAUCCUCCACUAUGACUGGGACCAAUCCAGCACCCCCAAACUCUAGCCAGAGUAGUGGUGUGGAUGGUGGUGCCUGUGCUUUGGAUGAGUAUCCGGACAGCACCAGAGGUUGUAUGUGCAAUGGUAGCUACUAUUCCCACCUGGAACUAUCCAGGGAUAUCGGGACCCUGCGCUGCAGACCACAGGACAUUGAGGUGGCUCUGAGGAGCUGCUUCCUGAAGACUCACCACUGGGUCCUGAAGGACGAUGCCUUCUCCAGGUGUUUCAGUAUCAAUACCAUAGAAGAGGGUCGCCGGGUCCAGGUCUUUCAGUUGGAGAAGAAGGAAGGAACUUGUGGACUCCACAUCUCUACCAACGUCAGCCAUGCCCUGCACUCUCUGGACGUGCAUCUUCAACAGGUUCUCCCCGGCUCUCCCAGCGCUGGCUUCAGAGAGCUCCACUUCAGCUGCGCAUACCCCCUGGUGGUGAAUGUCAGCAGGCCUGUCUCCUACCAGGAGGCCUCCAUUCCCACCAUCCACAUCCCCAGUACGGGAGAGACUGUCAUCACCCUGAGCAUCUUCACAGACUCUCAUCUCUCCACUCCACUCAAGAACAGUACAGCUCCUGUGGGCAUGCCCCUUUAUGUGGUCCUCAAGUCCACCAACAGUGACCCUGGCCGAUUUGCCCUGGUGGCUAAUGAGGUUUUUGCCAGUACCGAUCUCUCCAACACAGUGACUAAGACCACCUAUCAUUUUGUGAAGGGAAGCUGUCCAGUCCAGGGCCGGCUGCUCCAGGACCUGAGCAAUGGGGCCUCCACACAGGUGACACUGGCCUUCACUCUGUCACGCUUCUUGAAUAGUGACACACUCUACUUACAUGCCCAAGUGACCCUCUGUGACAAGCAAGCGUCCCGCCCAUGCCAACCGUCUUGCAGUGGGAAGAAUCCCCGGAGGAGAAAUUCACCCUGGGCCUCUCCGGCUAAGAGCCGUCUGGAACAUGGUGAUAGCAAGUGGAUCGUAUUUGGACCUCUCCGAAUAAGCGCACCCAGAGCCUCCAGCAGCACGAGCGGAGCAGGAGCCUGGAUGUCCAUCUUGCUCUUGAUGGUGAUAGGCUGGAUGCUGGACUAAAACCUGGUCCAGCCUCCGCACUCCAACACUUACUGCUUAGAGUUUAGUUUAUUUGCCUGAGCCUAGGGCGGAGCAGAGGAAGAUUUGAGGAAAGGCAAGCAGUGUGGCCUCUGUUAGGUACCACAGAAGCUGGGCGUGGAUCAGUGUGUAGUCCAACACUGGGAGGAAUGUGGCCGCUGCACAGUGUGGUGUGCUCUCGUGGCCUGGCUCUGCAACUCUUAGGGGAGGGUGUGUGUUUAGACUGCUCAAUAUGAUGGGGGAAAAGUAGAGUUUAUGGCCAAUAAACACAAGGAAUUCUA